UGUAUGUACGGGUGGAUUUUUAGUGGGGAACGUGUUCGGUGGCCGAUGCGGCGCGGAGGCGUUGGGUCUUGGCCUGAUGUCUCUGAACCCGGCCUACAGGUUCGCACUGCCCCCAGGGCUUGCCGCCAAGACCACCCGCUGCCUUGCCUUCGACCAAGGGAAGAAAAAGUUCUCGGCAGAUCCGCAAUGCUGCCCGGUUUGCGGCGUGACAGUUCGGCCCCAAGAAUUGGAGCAGCACUUCCUGCAAGAGCUCGAUCGCCUGUACAAGUUGUCGUCGGUGUCGUCGAGGCCGAGGCCACGCUCGACUCUGCCACCCCAGGCGCCGGAACACCCGCACAACCAGCUGCUGCACACGCCGUCGGCGGCCGACGGCACGCCUAUCGGCCGAUGGGAGACGUACAAGCGCAUCAAGGCCAACCGACAGGCACGCAUACGCAUGAAAAAUCGCAAGAGGAAAGCCGACGAGCCGGCUUGCCCGGUGUGCAGCGAGCGGCUGUCCGGCACGCCCGAGGAGCUGAACCAGCACGUGGAGCGAUGCCUCAACAAGCAGAAUCCCGAGCAUCGGCAUCACGGCGACGACGAGGACGUCGACGUCGAGGGCGACGCCGAAGCCUUCGAGGAGUACGAGUGGGCUGGUCAGCGGAGGGUGAGGGCCAGCUCGAUGUUACUUGGCGGAUUUGCCGGUGAGUUGAGCCGCGGCUCCGCGGACGACGAGGACGUGGACUUGGUGGUGGACGGCGACGAGAACGCGCAGUUCGGCCCGGCGCAGUAUACCGAGGCGGACGUGGUGACGCCGCGGCACGAGGGCUCGGAGCGCGAGCAGAAGGAGCGAGAGGCGCUGAGGGAGGCCGUGAUCUCGCCCAACGGGGCGCCGCAGCCCUCGCAGUCGUCCUCGUCGUCGGUCGAGGUCAAGAGCGAACCGGCCGCGAGCCCGAGCUCCACGUGCCAGACGCACGGCGACGAGGCGGCCGCGUCCUCGUCGACCAGCGACAUCGCCAAGUCCGAAGACGCCGACGCUGCACCCGUUGUCGAGGCGCUUCGCGGCAGGAUUCGCGAGCUCGAGGCCGAGAUGCGCGGACAGGCAUUCAAGUGUCUCAUUUGCAUGGAGCAAUACAAAAAACCGGUGACUUCAGUCUGCUGUUGGCACGUGCACUGCGAGCAAUGUUGGCUUCACACACUGGGUGCAAAGAAGCUGUGCCCGCAGUGCAACAUGAUAACGUCGCCGUCGGACCUGCGGCGCAUCUACAUGUGAGGAGGACGUACGAGCGGCUGUCGCUGAACGGGGACCUCCUCUACCUGUCUGUACAUUUUGUAAAUUACCCGCGCUGAAAAUUAACGACGCUUAAGGAAUAAAGCAAACGAGGCGAGCCGCGAAGAAGCGAAAAAGGCUCGUCCUCUCGGCUCUAUACGUGAUGUUUACGUGGCAAAGGCACAUAGAUAAAUUAACUCGACUAUAAGCAAAAGAGAGCAGCGAUU